AAAAAAAACACAGAUAAAUGGCUUACUGGAUUGGCCGGAGAACAACAAUUGUUAUUUCAUCCAAGGUAUGGAACCAGAGCUGUUCAACCAAAUAGACAUUUAGUACAGACGCGGGGUGUGUAGAUUUAUCACACACAACACAAGCACUAUGGGAAACCGUAAAAGUAAAGCACUGUUGAGAUCAUGUGAGAAUGGCGAUUAUGAUAGCAUUGCGUCGUUACUGGAACGUGGAGCCAACGUUGAAUAUACCGAUUCAUAUGGUUAUACCCCACUGAUUACAGCUAUCAAGAAUGGUGAUCCAAAGUGUGUAGAUUUGUUACUGAAUAAUGAUUAUUCCCCUGCCAAUACAAAACACAAAGACAAGACUUUUAACACACCUUUAAUGAUGGCAGCAAAUAAUGUAGAUAUUGUCAGAUUGUUGAUAAACCGUGGGUGCCAAUUAAAUAAGACGAAUCAAUUUAAAGAUUCUGCACUACACCUGGCUGUCCGAUUUAAAAAUGUUCAAGUGGUUGAAUUACUUGUGAAAAGUGGUAUUGAUGUUACCCUUAAAAAUAAGAAUGGCCGUACCGCACUACACAUGGCUUCCAUUCUUAACUACGAGAGAAUUGUCAACAUAUUGGUAUCGAAACAGCAAAACAGUGCUGAAGUCCGAGAUGCAUUGGAGUCUGGUGAGAGGGCGCGGGUCAAAAAAUUACUUAAACACGUCGCUUUCUUGGAUGUUGGGUUACUAGAAAUCCCUUACCGUAAAGAAGACUCACAAAUGGUGGAGAUUUUAAUGGAGAGAUAUCUGAACCAGGAUUCUCCCACUUGCAAAUGUUUGUUAUUUUAUCCUGUGAAGUAUCGUGACUUAAAGUGGACUAAAAUAUUAAUCGAACGCGGUAUUCCCUUCGAUGCGUCGUUGCUAGAUGUCGCUUAUGCAAACAGAGAUUUCGAAAUGGUGGAUAUUUUAAUCGGGAAGGGCCUAGAACAUAAUAUUGAUCAACGAAGUAGUAAACCAAUGAUAAAUUAUGCUGUGAAACAUAGCGACCUAAAGCGGGUUAAAAUAUUACUUGAACACGACAGUCACUUCGAUUCGUCGUUACUAAACGUCGCUUAUAUACACAAAGAUUUCGAAAUGGUGAAUAUUUUAAUAGAGAAGGGCCUGGAACAUAAUAUUGAUCAGAAAAGUGAUACACCAAUGAUAUAUUAUUGUGCAGAGAAUAAUGACCAUGAUUGGGUUCAAAAGCUUUUGAAUCAUAAAAGCUACACCUAUAUUCUAAAUCGUGUAGGGUCGCUAGAUCCGACCGACAGUUCCAAAGCCACCGAAGCGGUUGUCGAGUAUUUUCAUGUUGAUAGCAAUUCAAUCGGAUUUACAACGUACGAAUACUAUCGAUGCUUUUUUUAAUCCAAAGUAGGACUUUAAAAGUCAUUGAAUACGGUCAUACAUCAUAUCAGUAUGCUUGAAGGGCAAUUUUGCUACGGCCCUUUUCUUUAUUUCGAAUUCCAAAUGUCAAUCGUCCUUUUACAUUUACGCCACGGUGUCACAUAGCAGGAACUUAUCAUUUGUCACGAAUAACUCAGAACAAUGUUACUCAUCUUGCGGGGGUGGGAUGACUAAAUGGUUAGCACGUGCGCCCUGUAUCAUAAAGUCUGUUAUUGAGUCGGCUGGCGUCGUUUCGGUUCCCCGGUUGUACGUGACAAGGAGUAGGGUCGCCUUUCCAACCUCGUGGGUUUUCUCCGGAUCCUCCGGUUUCCUCCCACUGCUAAAGACCCCUACGCGCAAACGAAUUAUGGAAAUAAAAUUGAACCAUAUGUUAGUCCCGAAAUGACCUAGUUUGUGUCGAGUGGACGUUAAACCCCAUCUCUCUCUCAUCUUGCGGUUAAGCAGAGUUUUACACGAAACAACCAAUCGAUACAACUGUUGGAUGCAACGGUCGCGUCCGACCGACUCAUCUGACAAUAGGUCGGAUGAACAGCUUGUUGCAUGGAUUGGAUCAGUUCUAUUCUUAUCCGACCAACUCAUGCAAUAGCCAAUCAAAUUUUGUUAUAUUAGACAACGUCAUAUUUGUUUUUUGACUUCCCAACAACCUGAAUUCCCGAUUAAAGAUGUCUUUUUCUUUCGCUUCGAGUACUUUGCACACUGUAGCCCGGUGGGUGCAAAACAAUAAGACGUUAAACCCCAUUUUACUUCUUUUCACACAAGUUAUUAUUCGAAGUCAGCCCUCAGAUGUAACAAAACAGAGUUCGUCACACGAUGAGAAAAGACCCCGAAAAACCCGAGCAGUCCAAGAAACUUUGGCCAUUUGUUAUACGGGGUUCACAUUGGCGUGGACGUAAAAGAUCACUUGACAGUUGGAAUUCGAUAUAAGAGUAGGCUGUAGCGCCGCUGCCCGGGCAAAAUUUUUCUCAUAGCACACUGUAUGGCGUAUGCCCGUCUUCAUUAGCCCAGUUUAGGAGCAGAACAGAAGGACGUUAAACUCAUUUCAUUGCAUCUCAUUUCGUACAGCAGUGUAUGUUUGGCGAAUAAUUUCACGAUUGUCAACUUUGGAACACUGUAUCCACAGCUGAAUUUCCAAUGCCAUAUGUUGUUAUCAAAUUGUAUAUUAGAACACGAAUGCUUUUAACAACCUCAUUGCUUUAUCGUGGAUGUCAGUGACAUUAUAAACGUUGCAAUCUUUCAAAUUAUUUUGAGGAAUGCAUCAUAUCAAGUAUGCUGGAAAAAUUUGAUUGAAACAAAAACCAAUUAGGCAUUAGAACCACUACACUACUUAGUGGUAAACGAAGAAAAAUACAAGGCAUGCCGACAAGUUGAAUUCCAUAUUUUAAAGUACCCUUUUCGUUUAUCUGUGCAGCUCGUCAGAAAUAAUGCCAUUGUGUUAAUGUAUUGUAUAUGGGUAUAAUUUGGUGGUUUAUUCCCACGAAGGCGCAGUUAUUGACCGUUACGGAUUAAAGAAGGUCGUUUUCGACGUCUUCGUGGGAAUCCAGC